AUGAAUCUUAAUGAUAAAGCCCUUGUGCUUACUACAAAUAAUGAUGCAAAAAUGAUUAGAUGUGGUAAUCUUAUGUUAUACAAAUUAGAAGAAACUUGUGAACAUUGUGAUUUUCAUCACUAUAGAUGUGCUGUUCAUAUUUUAAAUUUAGCAGUAAAUCAUGGAAUGGUACUAAGAGCUCCUAUUAUUGAUAAAGUAAGAAACACAUUUUUAAUGUUGGAAAAAUUUAAACAUAUGCACGAAGAACUUAAUUAUCCUAUGUAUAAAGCAACUAAAAUGCUAUCAUCUUCAUCAUACCCAACUGUUAGUGAUAUUUGGUUAACUUUCAUAGGAAUUUUUCGACACAUUGAGUUAUAUAUAGAAAAUCAAAAUCAUUCAAUUGAAAAAUGUAUGAUGGCAGAUUCUAUAUGUAAAAAACUAGAAGAUUAUUGGACAAUUAUAGAUAAAUCUACUAUUAUUUCAACUUUUACUAGAUUAUUUUUUGAAAAUUUAAUUACACAACAAAAUAAUCAAGUUAAUCAAGCUCAACCUUGA